AACCAUUCAGAAUCGGCAUGAAGAAAAUCAAGCCGAAAACAGCUGCUCAGAAGCGUCGAGCCAAAGCGAAAGCUAAGGCCAAGGCAGAGGAUCAGAAAAGAGGAAAUUGGGUUGAAGAUCGACUGGGUUGGGUUGAAGCUGCCGAUUAUCAUUCAGCAAGCGAAGAUACAGCUCAACAUUUGGACGUGGACGAUAGCGAAAACCACGACGAUAGUGCUUCACUGAUAUCCCAAAGCGAAGUCAAUAGUUUGAACGAAGAAGGUAGGAACGGGCACACCCGACACACCCGACACAAACGUCAGGAUCUGUCAAUUAUAAGCUGGAACGUUCUUGCCGAUUCUUACUGCAGUCGAUCAUCUCAGAAAAAACUACCUUCAAAGUUCCAAAGUCGUGUUUUCAAUCGAAAGCAACGCCAACAUCAUGUCCGUCAAAUACUACGCCUUUUUCAUACGAAGCUGUCACCAGACCUAGUAGCUCUACAGGAAGUUGAUCCUCCUUUAGAAGGUAUGAAUGUUAGGUUUAUAAACAUCAAUCGGCACACUAGUAAUUAUUCGAAGCGAUUGAAAGUUAAUAUCCUCAUCAUGUUCUUUUCGCACUCAAACUUUUUGUCGAACCAUUGGAUGCUUGGUAGUCGCUAAAUGGAUGAAGUCGCUAGGCUAUGGUGUUGUGGAAACAUAUACCUCGCCUGAUGGAAGAAAUGGCCGCGUGGACUCCUGUGGACUUUAUUUUCGAGAAGAGAGUUGGAAAUGCUCAACUAACGUAACAAUAUUUUUGGAUGACCUGGCUAUUCUUCGAUCUUCAACGUCGUCAGAGAACGAAUCACAAGCGCAACUUCCUGAAGCUAUUGCAAAAAAAAGGGGGAAGGGGGGAAGUAGUUCCAGCACGAAUAGUGGAAGCUUGAAAGGACUCGAACGAAGUUUUGUAAGAAAGAACGUUGCUCUCUUGGCCAGCCUUGAGCAUAAGAAUACAGGGCGAAAGGUUGCUGUUGUUGUAGCCCAUCUAUUUUGGAAUCCUGCCUAUGAGUAUGUAAAAGUACGUACACGUCGUUGUGCUGGAUUUCUUCCACUCUGGUUUUAAAAUUGAUAAAUUUCUAACACCUCUUCAGCUUUGCCAAGCGCAUUAUAUAGCAAAGCGCGCCGAUACUUUCUGCAAGGAUAAUGGAAUCGAUUGUCUAGUUUGGGCGGGUGACUUCAACUCGCAGCCCCAGGGAAUUGUACAUCAGUAUCUUACAAAAGGUGUAGCAAAUGCCAAGGAAGCGGCGCCAUGGUACACUCUUUCAAAUGUGAAGGACAGUCUUGAUAUGAAUGCAAAACAGUUGCAGCGCAUGAAUAUCUCAGACAAUACAGUUGAUAACAACAUUGAAUUAAAUGGGAAUUCGCCUCCGAAUGUAAGGUAUUUAUUGGAUUAUACUCUGAACAGAUUCUGUCGGUGGCUCCGAAUUCUAGGCAUCGAUGCGGCCCUUGAAACAGAAGAAGAAGAGAAAGAGAGAACAAGAGAUAGCAAAAUGUAAGUUUGGAAUACGUUAGAUGAAAUACUUGCUUAGAAAACGAAUUUCGUUUUCUCAAAAUUUUCAACAAUUUUGUCGGACUMUAGAACUAUUUUUCAGCGAUGCAAAGAUGAAAGACGAUCACUAGUGACGACAGCAUCGAAAUUGUUACACCGGAAGGACUGCCCACCUGGUACUUAUCUACUUGAUACAAAAAGUCUUAAAAAUCUGGAAUCUGCUAUAGUGCACUUGUUGAGAUCUCACGGAGUCACAAUUGAACCCAAAAAAAUGCUUUCUAGGUGUGUCGUGUGCAAUGGUUCUAUAAAGCCUGUAUUCGAUGUAGACCGACGACAGGAAAUUUUUCAAACCUACAAAGCYCCUGAAGAGGUCAACAUUGAAGGAAUGGAGGUCUACCAAUGCAAUAGUUGUUCUCAAGGCUACUGGUGGUCUGAGAAACCGACGAGUUCUGCAUCUAGAGUGAAGUCUAGGGCAACUCAUCUGUUGGAGCUAUGCAUACGUGGAGGAGUUCCAAUUUCCGGAGACUUGGGAUACUUUAACCAUAUUGAUGUCAAGAAAAUAGUCAGUACAAGGACAGAAAGCAGCAAAGAUAUUUGUGUUGAUGAACAUCAAUUGGACGUGGUUAAAUGGCUUCAACAAAAAGAGCUGAAGAAUCCUUUACCAGAAAUGUCCAGUGUUUAUGCUUCAAAAAGAACCCGAAACGAAUCUCUAACCUUCACCAAUGUAACUCAUGAUUUUGUCGGUCAUUUAGAUUAUAUCCUUUGCCAAACGAAAGCAAUGGAGGUCAGCGAGCUGUUGUAUGUACCGAAAACAUUUGAAGAACUAAACGACUUGAAUAUUGCUAACGGCCAUCUGCUUCCAAGUUACGAUUGGCCCUCUGAUCACCUGGCAAUAGGCUGCCGCCUUUCUUUGAGUCCCAAACAAAGUUUCGCUGAUAACGGGCAGGAUGAGACUUUCAAAAAGAAAGAUCUGGGCCACAAGUCUGCGAUAAGCUCGUUUGUAUCAGGACCACCAUCACCUCAAAAAACAGUGAAUCAUUCUCUCGAUGAUGAUCAAUACAACCGUGGUCACGACCACUACGGUGAAUAUGGGUGCGAUCACCACAUUGAUAAUGAUCAUGGCCAUCACCAGCAUACUGGCCAUACCACUGAGGAUGACGGCAACCAAGAUAGUGACCACGAUCAUCGUCAUGAUCAUGAAAUUCAUCACUAUUCUGAACGAGACGUUGAUCAUGACCAUAAGAGCCAUAUUAAGGAUGGCACUGACCAUGGCGCCGACCAAGAUAUUGGCCAUCACCAUAACCACUACCAUAACCAGCUCGAUGUCCAUCAACAUAGCCAUCGUAUUAACCAAGAUGUUGACUACGACACGGAUGGUUGCCGUGACCAUCAUCAUGACCAUCACCACGACCAUCAUCACCACGACCAUCACCACGGCCAUCACCACGACCAUCACCACGACCAUCACCAUUAUCACGACUCCUCUGCAACUGAGAGACCAAUACAGCUACAAAAUGGAGAGAGAUGUGUGUUUUUCGAAGGUCCAAAAUCAGGACCGAUACCAUUUCCACCCGGGCCACCGUCAACUGUUGCCUGGUGUAGUUUCAUUGAUGAGUCAAAGGUUGAUGAGUCGAAGAGUGAUCUACCAUCCCAACCAGGGCCUACCACAAAGUUGGAGAUCAUAUGUCCGUUGACUGGACAGAGAUGCACUUGCUAUGGAAUGGGUUGUCUUCCAAAGGUGCCAUCUCUGUUUGAAAUGGCUGAACUGAGACGUCAAUAUCGACUAAAACAACAAAAUUCCAACGCCUCUCGGUGAUCAAAAACAGGGGUUGCAGCMGUGUUUUAAUCUAGCUGAAUUGGCUGUGCCUGAAAAUAUAAUGGUUCGAACACUACACAAAAGUGAAAUUUGUCGUCGUCACUCCUCCCUAAUGCUCAUAUUCACUCUCCAGUACUGAACUGUGUUUGACGUGACUUGCAUAGGCAUUCUCCACUACAUACUUCUGUAGCUAGAUUCUUUCCAUGUCACUUGAAGAGCAUACUUCAUGAAAACUUUUACUAAUUUUGAUGCCUGUUUGAAAUUUGAUUAGCCUUGCUUGAAUUUCUCAUUCAAGUGUUCAAGUUUGUUCCAUAUAAGUAGUAAAACUAUGAAUGAUGC